UUUACAACACAAACAUCUACGGACCCGGCGGAAGUUACUGACGCCAUUCGGAUAAAAAUUGAAAAGUCAUCGUGCCGGUAGAAUAAACAAUAAUAGCAAGAAACAAUGCCUCCAACAGACCCGUCAAAAAUAUCUAAAGUUGUUGUUCACCCACUGGUAUUGCUUAGUGUCGUUGAUCAUUUUAAUCGUAUGGGAAAAGUUGGCAACGUAAAAAGAACUGUCGGUGUUUUGUUGGGUGCGAAUCGUCAAGGGGUUUUAGAUGUGUCCAACAGUUACGCAGUUCCAUUCGAUGAAGAUGCACAUGACAAAUCUGUCUGGUUUCUGGACCAUGACUAUUUGGAGCACAUGUAUGGCAUGUUCAAAAAAGUCAAUGCGCGUGAGAAGAUUGUUGGCUGGUAUCACACUGGACCUAAACUCUGCCAGAAUGAUGUGACAGUCAAUGAGCUGAUGCGACGAUACUGCCCUAACUCUGUACUGGUAGUGAUUGAUGCCAAGCCCAAGGACCUCGGUCUGCCCACUGAGGCCUACAUCAUGGUGGAGGAGGUGCAUGAUGAUGGUACCCCAACCACCAAGACGUUUGACCAUGUGCCCAGUGAGAUAGGGGCCGAGGAGGCAGAGGAGGUGGGCGUGGAGCAUCUGCUCAGGGAUAUCAAGGACACUACAGUAGGCUCCCUCUCCCAGCGAAUCACCAGUCAACUGAUGGGGCUGAAGGGGCUGCAUGCCCAGGCCGAGGACAUCAACAGCUACCUGCAGAAAGUGGUCUCUGGACAGUUACCCAUCAACCACCAGAUUGUCUACCAGUUGCAAGACGUCUUUAAUCUACUUCCAGACGUGAACUUGUUGGAAUUUGUCAAAGCCAUGUAUGUGAAAACGAACGAUCAAAUGCUGGUGGUGUAUCUGGCAUCGCUGAUUCGGUCAGUGAUUGCACUUCACAAUCUCAUUAGUAAUAAGAUUCAGAAUCGAGAUGUGGAGAAAAAUGAAGGAAAGGACCCUAGUAAAGAAAAAGACAAGAAAGAGAAAGAAAAGGAGAAAAAAGAUGGCAAAGAUUCAGGGAAAGAAAAGGCAAAGGAAAAGACUGACACAAAGAAGAAAUAGUGCUCUGGUACUUAAGUUACAUUCUCAUGGAUGUGUUGCUAUUUACACGUGGUUCAUAUUGUUGGCAAUCUUCUGAUCGUAUCAAUGAAAGAAAAAUAUAUUUUAUAUGAUACUGCUUUGACAGUAUGGUCUGUUAAAGAGCUCUGGCAUGGAAUUAAUUUAUGAAUAAUUUCUUUUUAUAACAGUGAUAUUUAAGAACAUAAAAAAUAGACUUUGCAACUUACUUUUUCAAUACAUUAAUUAUGCAUUUCUUAGUGCUUAGUACAAUGUAUUAUAUAUUGCAUAAAAGUUAAAUGUUCUUUUGUAA